AUGGAGCACGACGAUUUCGCCAAUGUCUCAUGGCAGAGCGACUCUGCCGGCCAGGGUGCCCGUCUCUCGUCUCCAAACCCAGGAGUUGAUGCUGGAGAAGCUGCGGCUGGGAAUCCAGAAGACGGGAGACAUGGCGGUGGCCAACCUGCCCGAAAUGCGGACCCAAUGGAUCUAGCUGGUAUGGAAGGUGGAGUUUUGGAAUGCACAGUCUCGAGCCCUAUCAAAGAGAACGACGGGUCUAAAGAUGCCUAUGUGUCGUAUCUGGUUACUACAAACACCACCUUUCCAUCCUUCCAAAAGCCGAAGACGCGCGUCCGCAGACGAUUUACCGAUUUUGUCUUCUUGUAUAAGACGCUAUUCAGAGAAUAUCCAGCGUGUGCAGUGCCACCCCUGCCAGACAAGCAUAAGAUGGAAUAUGUACGGGGUGAUCGGUUUGGACCAGAUUUCACAUCCCGCCGAGCGAACUCUCUACAGCGAUUUCUGGCCCGACUCUCCCUCCAUCCUAUCCUCCGAAGGAGUGCUCUCCUCAUCAUAUUUUUGGAAAGCUCUGACUGGAAUGCUACUAUGAAGAUCCGUCCACAGCGGGGUUCAAGCGCCUCUGAGCAAGGGGCGUCAGGCGUCUUCGACAAUUUCACGGACACGUUUAUAAACGCUUUCACCAAGGUCCACAAACCGGACAAGCGUUUCAUCGAAGUGAGAGAAAAGUCCGACAAACUUGAUGAAGAUCUCGGGCAUGUAGAGAAGAUUGUCGCAAGGGUGGCCCGCCGCGAAGGGGACCUAGAAACAGAUUUUAAGGACUUGGCUGAACAAUUCCAAAAGCUCAUCGUCCUAGAGCCGGGAGUUGAGCCUUACAUCCACGCUUUUGCGGCGAGCGUCGAAGACACCUCGGCUGGGACAAAGACACUCAAAGAGCAUACUGACCAAGAUUAUCUGGGUAGCUUGCGCGAUAUGCAGGCAUACAGUCUGGCACUCAAAAACCUUUUGAAGGCGCGAGAACAAAAACAGCUUGACUUCGAGCAACUAACCGAAUAUCUUACGAAGUCGACAUCAGAUCGCGAUAUUUUAGCUUCCCCUGGCGGGUCUCUCUCGAGCACUGCCGGGUUCAUACGCAGCAAAAUAGAAGAUGUGCGGGGCGUAGACCAUGAGCAGUCACGCCGUGAGCGUCUACGGAAGCUCGAGUUGAGGAUAGAAGAACUCACAAGAGAGGUCGAAGAAGCUAAGAAGACGACGGAGGCUUUCGAUGAGGAAGUAGUCAGGGAAGUAGGGGACUUCGAGAGGAUUAAGAGGAUUGAGUUCAAGACGCAAUUCCGUGCAUUAGCGGAUACACACGUGGAGUUUUACGGCAAUACCAUUGAUAUCUGGGAAAAGUAUUUGAGUUACAAAGCCGCCACGGCUUACAUACUCCGCAAGGCUGAGCGUGGGCCAGACCCCUUCGCGGUCAAGAGGUCGUUACGCUCUGGGUUAUCGGGAUUCAGUCUUGCCGCUGCGGCUACGACUCAGCAGAAUCCUGUGGUGGUAAAACAGAAUCACGGUCUCGUCGGUGCGACUGGUCUCCUGGGUAGGAGCACGGAGAGAAGAAUGCAUAGCAAAGUGGUGAUUAUUGGCUCCGGCCCUGCAGCGCAUACUGCGGCUGUUUACCUUGCGAGAGCAGAAUUGAAGCCCGUCAUGUAUGAGGGGUUUCUCGCGAACGGCAUUGCUGCUGGUGGACAGUUGACCACGACUACGGAUGUGGAAAAUUAUCCUGGCUUCCCCGAUGGUAUUAGUGGAAGUGCGUUGAUGGAUAACAUGCGUAAACAAUCCGAACGGUUCGGCACCGAGAUCUUCACCGAAACCGUAGUCAAACUCGACCUCUCGAAACGUCCUUUCAAAUACUGGAAAGAAUAUGAAGAGGAUAAGGAGCCUCAUACCGCAGAGGCAAUCAUUAUCGCCACCGGCGCAUCAGCCAGACGACUCGGACUGCCUGGAGAAGAACAAUAUUGGCAGAAUGGUAUCUCAGCAUGUGCAGUAUGCGAUGGUGCCGUACCGAUCUUUAGAAAUAAGCCGCUAGUGGUUAUUGGUGGUGGGGACUCCGCUGCUGAAGAAGCAAUGUUCUUGACAAAAUAUGGAUCGCACGUUACAGUUCUAGUCAGGAAAGACUUCCUCAGAGCAUCGAAGACGAUGGCGAACCGCUUAUUGGCUAAUAAGAAAGUCACUGUGCGAUUCAACACCGUUGGACAGGAGGUCAAGGGUGAUGAUAGGGGUUUGAUGAGCCAUAUGGUUAUCAAGAACGUCAAGACCGGUCAGGAAGAGACGAUGGAGGCGAAUGGUCUUUUCUACGCUGUGGGUCAUGAUCCCGCGACUGCUUUGGUUAAAGGCCAGAUCGAUUGUGAUGAUGAAGGGUAUGUUCUAACUAAACCCGGAACGAGUUAUACAACUGUUGAGGGUGUAUUCGCUGCUGGUGAUGUGCAGGACAAGAGGUAUCGACAGGCUAUUACUUCUGCUGGCUCCGGAUGCAUAGCUGCCCUUGAGGCAGAGAAGUUUCUGGCUGAGCAUGAAGAUAGCAUUGAAAAUGAUCUAGAGCAAGAUAAGAAUCCGAAGAAGGGCGUCGUUGAUGAGGUCCCUGAGUACAGGUCUAACCCGUUGCUAUAG